AUGGUCCUCACAGAGACCCGAAGACUGGGUGGACCUCACCGAGACCAGAGGACUGGGUGGACCUCACAGAGACUAGAGUACUGGGUGGACCUCACAGAGACCAGAGGACUGGGUGGUCCUCACAGAGACCAGAGCACUGGGUGGUCCUCACAGAGACCAGAGGACUGGGUGGUCCUCACAAAGAGCAGAGGACUGGGUGGUCCUCACAGAGACCAGAGGACUGGGUGGUCCUCACAGAGACCAGAGGACUGGGUGAGACUAGAGGACUGGGUGGUCCUCACAGAGACUAGAGGACUGGGUGGUCCUCACAGAGACCAGAGGACUGGGUGGUCCUCACAAAGACCAGAGGACUGGGUGGUCCUCACAGAGACCAGAGGACUGGAUGGUCCUCACAGAGACCAGAGGACUGGGUGGUCCUCACAGAGACUAGAUGACUGGGUGGUCCUCACAGAGACCAGAGGACUGGGUGGUCCUCACAAAAACCAGAUGACUGGAUGGUCCUCACAGAGACUAGAUGACUGGGUGGUCCUCACAGAGACCAGAGGACUGGGUGGUCCUCACAGAGACCAGAGGACUGGGUGGUCCUCACAGAGACCAGAAGACUGGGUGGUCCUCACAGGGACCAGAGGACUGGGUGGUCCUCACAAAAACCAGAGGACUGGAUGGUCCUCACAGAGACCAGAGGACUGGGUGGUCCUCACAGAGACCAGAGGACUGGGUGGUCCUCACAGAGACCAGAGGACUGGGUGGUCCUCACAGAGACCAGAGGACUGGGUGGUCCUCACAGAGACCAGAGGACUGGGUGGUCCUCACAGAGACCAGAAGACUGGGUGGUCCUCACAGGGACCAGAGGACUGGGUGAUCCUCACAAAAACCAGAGGACUGGGUGGUCCUCACAGAGACCAGAGGACUGGGUGGUCCUCACAAAAACCAGAGGACUGGAUGGUCCUCACAGAGACCAGAGGACUGGGUGGUCCUCACAGAGACCAAGGACUGGGUGGUCCUCACAGAGACCAGAGGACUGGGUGGUCCUCACAGACACCAAGGACUGGGUGGUCCUCACAGAGACCAGAGGACUGGGUGGUCCUCACAGACACCAAGGACUGGGUGGUCCUCACAGGGACCAGAGGACUGGGUGGUCCUCACAAAAACCAGAGGACUGGAUGGUCCUCACAGAGACUAGAGGACUGGGUGGUCCUCACAGAGACCAGAGGACUGGGUGGUCCUCACAGAGACCAGAGGACUGGGUGGUCCUCACAGAGACCAGAGGACUGGGUGGUCCUCACAGAGACCAGAGGACUGUGUGGUCCUCACAGAGACCAGAAGACUGGGUGGUCCUCACAGGGACCAGAGGACUGGGUGAUCCUCACAAAAACCAGAGGACUGGGUGAGACCAGAGGACUGGGUGGUCCUCACAGAGACCAGAGGACGGUGGUCCUCACAGAGACCAGAAGACUGGGUGGUCCUCACAGGGACCAGAGGACUGGGUGGUCCUCACAAAAACCAGAGGACUGGAUGGUCCUCACAGAGACUAGAGGACUGGGUGGUCCUCACAGAGACCAGAGGACUGGGUGGUCCUCACAGAGACCAGAGGACUGGGUGGUCCUCACAGAGACCAGAGGACUGGGUGGUCCUCACAGAGACCAGAGGACUGGGUGGUCCUCACAGAGACCAGAAGACUGGGUGGUCCUCACAGGGACCAGAGGACUGGGUGAUCCUCACAAAAACCAGAGGACUGGGUGGUCCUCACAGAGACCAGAGGACUGGGUGGUCCUCACAAAAACCAGAGGACUGGAUGGUCCUCACAGAGACCAGAGGACUGGGUGGUCCUCACAGAGACCAAGGACUGGGUGGUCCUCACAGAGACCAGAGGACUGGGUGGUCCUCACAGACACCAAGGACUGGGUGGUCCUCACAGAGACCAGAGGACUGGGUGGUCCUCACAGACACCAAGGACUGGGUGGUCCUCACAAAAACCAGAGGACUGGGUGGUCCUCACAGAGACCAGAGGACUGGAUGGUCCUUACAGAGACCAGAGGACUGGGUGGUCCUUACAGAGACCAGAGGACUGGGUGGUCCUCACAGAGACCAGAGGACUGGGUGGUCCUUACAGAGACCAGAGGACUGGGUGAGACUGAGCAGGGGUACCCUGUCGCCCGUGAGAUCCUCACAGAGACUGAGCACGGGUACCCUGUCGCCCAUGAGAUCCUCACAGAGACUGAGCAGGGGUACCCUGUCGCCCGUGAGAUCCUCACAGAGACUGAGCAGGGGUACCCUGUUGCCCAUGAGAUCCUCACAGAGACUGAGCAGGGGUACCCUGUCGCCCAUGAGAUCCUCACAGAGACCAGAGGACUGGGUGAGACUGAGCAGGGGUACCCUGUCGCCCAUGAGAUCCUCACAGAGACUGAGCAGGGGUACCCUGUUGCCCAUGAGAUCCUCACAGAGACUGAGCAGGGGUACCCUGUCGCCCAUGAGAUCCUCACAGAGACUGAGCAGGGGUACCCUGUCGCCCAUGAGAUCCUCACAGAGACUGAGCAGGGAGCGGCUGCAGAGGUCUCCAGUGGUCCGCACCAUCGCACAGGCCAGGACUCUGUAUUUAAGCGCCUGAAGAAGGACCUCUCCACUUUUGUCCAGGAGGAGCUGAAGAAGUUCCAAAGGCUUCUGAGCACAGAUUACCCAGAAUGCUUAGAGCCUGUGGAGGAUGAGGAGCAGAGGAGCAGCAGUGAGGCGCUCCUGAAGAUCACACUGAACUUCCUGAGGAGGAUGGACCAGAAGGAGCUGGCUGAGCGUCUGUGGAGCAGGACUUAUUCUGGACGUUCUCAGCGUAAACUGAAGGAGCAUCUGCAGCAGAGGUUUGAGUGUGUGUUUGAGGGCAUCGCUAAAGCAGGAGCCCCCACCCUCCUGAAGCAGAUCUACACCGAGCUCUACAUCACAGAGGGAGGCUCUUCAGAGGUCAACCAGGAACAUGAGUGGUCAGCUCUGGCCUUCAUCUUACUGUCAUCAGAAGAAGAUCUGGACCAGUUUGAGCUGAGCAAAUACUAUGCUUCAGAGGAGGCUCUCCUGAGGCUGCUGCCAGUGGUCAAGGCCUCCACCAAAGCUCUACUGAGCUGCUGUGAGCUGUCAGACAGAAGCUGUGGAGCUCUGGCCUCAGUCCUCAGCUCCCAGUCCUCUAGUCUGAGAGUCCUGGACCUGAGUCUGAACGACUUGAAGGACUCAGGGCUGAAGCUGUUGUCUGAUGGACUGAAGAGUCCUCACUGUAAACUGGAGACGCUCAGACUGAGCCGCUGUGAGCUGUCAGACAGAAGCUGUGGAGCUCUGGCCUCAGUCCUCAGCUCCCAGUCCUCUAGUCUGAGAGUCCUGGACCUGAGUCACAACGACUUGAAGGACUCAGGGCUGAAGCUGUUGUCUGAUGGACUGAAGAGUCCUCACUGUAAACUGGAGACGCUCAGUCUGUCAGCUUGUUCGGUGUCAGAGGAAGGCUGUGCUUCUCUGGCCUCAGCUCUGAGGUCCAACCCCUCCCAUCUGAGAGUCCUGGACCUGAGCUACAACCAUCCAGGAGACACAGGAGUAAAGCUGCUGUCUGCUCUGCUGGAGGACCCCCACUGCACCCUGCACACUCUCAGACUGGAGCAUUCUGGAGCUCAGAGGUUAACUCCAGGACCCAGAAAGUCUGCUUGCCCCGCACACUGGGAAAGGGCAGAGGUGUACAUGGACAGCUGCUACACAUCACCAGCCUUAGCUAUUGAGUUAGCCGCUAAAGACAGCGGACUGUGUGGGACAGUGAACUACAACAGAAGAGGGAUGCCAAAGGGGCUGAAACCAGCUGCCUCUGAGAAGGCCAGACCCAGUGUUCAUGCGUCAUGA